UAUGUGUUCUGAAGGUUUGCAUAUGUUAAUAUUGUCGUCCCUUUAAUUGCAUAUUUAGUUCAUACUUGCAGGGAUUAAAUGUGCAUUUUAUCUGUUGUGUACUAAUUUAUUUUAUGUUAAUGGGGUAUUGUAUUACUCAUUUCUUUGUUUGCCCUUCUUAUUAUGUCAGUUCGGGCAUGUUGUGUAUUGUUCGUAAUGAGACCUAUCUGCGCGGAGUGAUUUAGUCCACGGGUGAUACGGUCACUCGCGCAGUCAAUUAUCAGUCUCGCGUAGUCGGCCACGAGGGAAGGGUUCGUUGUAUUGUAACCAGCAGUUGGAAACCGCACGGUGCGGACGUAAAGCCAAAAUAUUGCGAAUUAGAAUAUUCGUGGUGUUUCGUGCUGUCGGCAGCACGGUGUAUCGGCAGACAGAGGUGCGUUUGCCGUCCGUUCGCCCGCUAGCGUUUCUCGUGGAGAAGAGCUAGCGGAGAGCUAAGCGAAGAGCUAAGCUAUCCAGGAGCACGUGCUCGCGGCCCAGUCGCCAGAGGGACCCAGGAAGAGGCUGGUCUCCCUCGAUCCAGACGAGGUUCGUGAGGCGGGUUCAAGCCCGGUCCGUGGAUCUUCUGGCCAAUCGAUUUUCGUUUUAAAACCAGGAAAUGGAAAACGGAUAACGAGCCGUCUCCCGUCUCCCGUCUCGGAGUCGGAAAAUGGGAAACGAGGAACAAACCGAUUUCCGAUUUCAAAACGGGAAAGGGGGAACGGGUCGUUUUCUGUGGUUCGUGUGCGUGGUUAUGAAUGGAAAUUCGGGUAAAUAAAAACGGGCAAUUUUCCAUCACUGAUUUUGCAUUAAUAUGACCCGGAACUGGUUCUGUUGUAUGUGCUGAUGACCAGUGUUGUCAGGUACGCGGCACUUUUGAAGUGUUGCCGCGGGUUGAAUUCUUUGUCCGCUGGUUCGUGUUAACCAAUUUUGCAUGGCAAUUACAUGAAUAUCUUUAAAUAUAAAAAAAUAUUUAUACCCAAAUCCUACCAAACUGACUCCAGAUUAAUUCAUUCAUCAUCAAUCCAUCAUCAAUCAUCUGUCCAAUGAUUGGUGAUGACAUACUGUCCAAUCAUCAAUCAUCAUCAAUCAAUCAUGGAGUCGUUUACACUAUUUAGAGGGCCAAAGAGAGUGAGGAUCCGGGAGGAUGAUCUAACUGUGGAGAAGGUUGGGAGGAUUUUUCAGGUGAAUACAUUAAACCACGAAGAUGAUUAGCCAUCGUGCAAUAUUGUGUAUGUUGGUUAUUGAUUUUGUCGUAAAAUUGCACUAUGCAAGUUGGGCCAUGCGUAGACUACUCAAGGUGAACUGCGCUAGCUAGCUUAGCCUAAGCAAAUGUCAGUGAAAGUUCGCCUUACUGUCAAAAAGAAUUAGUGCACAGUUUCACAGUGCGCAACAUCAUGUUCUGGUUUGGGAAAUGAGUCUGCUUCAGUUCGAGCUGAAAUUAACAUUUUGCCUUUGCUUGGCUGCUUUGCGUUAUGUUGUAGAUAAUGCAUCAACACUGACUGUGACACAGGAGAAAGACCGCUAUCGAACUCAGGCUAUGAUGACUUUUCAGCUAGACUAGCUUCUAGCAACAAGGGCAAGGACAACUCCUUGCCCUUGGUGGUGUCCCAUAUCAAUUAAAUUAAAUAAAAUCGUAAAUUUACAACAAAUGCAAAAGCGGAUUAGGGGUGCGUUCGUAAAUUCAAUCUGACGCUCUGAAAAAAUAGAAUCGCGCUCUGAGUUUUGAAAAAGACGACGAACGGUUGUUUUGAGUAGAAUUAGCACUGUAUGAAGGCUACGCCACUACAUUAUUUAUUUUCCAGAACACAAUCCCAAUGAUACAGGAACAAUUACAGUGACGAUGAGGAGCACUGUGUGAGCAAUAGUUUUAACCUAGUGCAAAACAGUAUUUGUAAGCAACAGCUUGUGAUUUUAACUCAAACGUGCUUUAGCACUAGCAACCUGCCAAGUGCACUCUCCAUUCAUACACAGCAGACAGAUGAAAUUCCGGUAUGAAUGUCACAACAUGAGGGGACUUUUCACAUCUUUCCCAUGCAAUGUCAACGUCUUAAUGUGCAUAUGUUCAGCAUCAAUGUACAAAUUACUUCCGGGUGAUUCCUGCAACGUCACUUCUAAAUACAUGUUCUCUGAUUCUGUCUCUCCCCAGGUCGCUCCAGAUGCCAUGUACCUGACAGAUGAUGGCAAUGGGGCCAUUUUCCCCCUGCCCUCUGGGGAAUUCCCCAUUGGGUCCAUGAUGACCAUGGGCCACUUUGAGGUGCAGGGGCAGCCAACCCCAGCUGCACCUCCAACGCCAGGUCCAGCCCCCUUCUCUUUCUCCUCUCCCUCCGCCUCACCUACACCUGUCCCCUUUUCCUUCUCCGGUGGGCCAAGGACCUUCCCCCCGAGGGCUUCAGGGCACUUUGGGAAAACCUUUCAAAGGUCCAUCAAUGUGGGGGAGGUAGCGGGCAACCGCAUUUUGACCAAAAAAACGUUGGUGGUCCGCUUCUCAGAGGCAGAGGCGAAUGUGGAGGCCAUCCUUCUAAAGGCGAGGGAGGCCCUGGGCCAGGUGGAGGAGACCUUUGUCCUGACCGACAGUCAGGGCAAUGAAAUACAGGACUUCGAUGGCACAAGAACAUCGCAGUUCUGGAGGCAGAACAGCCGAAAGGUUUUCGUGCUGCUGGAGGGUGAAUUUGAGGACCUCCAGCAGCAAAGACGGGCCAAAGUGAGUCGCAGGGAAGACAACACCCUGCUGGACCGGGCAGAGGAGGUGAAGGUGGCUGCCGAGUCCCUGGAGAAUGUGGCUAACGCCAUUAAGAAGCUGUCAGAGGUGGCUACUGCCCACCUGCAAAGACCAAGCUUGCAGCCCGCCAAGGAUGCUAUGUCCUGCCUGGUUUGCAAAGAAAUUAGCAAGAAAAGAACACGUGCAGCCACUGGAGUAGCGGGAGCCAGCAACGGCACCGCGUUGACCUCCUCACCAACUCAUGCACCUGCUCCAACAGCGCUGCAUGAGAUUGAGAUGUUAAAAGUAAAGCUGGAGGCUGAGAGGGAGAAAGUUAAUUUGAAAGAGGAGAUGAUCGAUGUGCUAAAAAAAGACAAGAUCUACCUCCAGGGGGAGCUCACCAAGAAAGAUGCUUACUACCAGGAGCAGCUGGCCAAGAAAGACGCCAACUUCAAUGACGAGCUGGCAAGGAAAGAUGCCAUCCUACUAGAUAAAAUGAAAAAUAAGAAAAUUAGGAAGCAAGCCGAAGUUAAAAAUUCCUCAAGCUCAUUUGAAAGUACCCAAGACCUCGUGUCUUCCUUGUCCGAUUCGUCUGUGGAGGCACCCAAAAAAAAAAAAGGAAAGCAAAAGCUUAAAACAUUUUGUAAAUCAACUCCACUGGAGCAGCAGCUACACUCCGAAGGCCCUUCACACAGCCGUGUUCGGAUUCGGAACUCCAAAGGGGUUAUUUUAAGAUAUGUGGCCGCCCUGGAAGCAUUCAGAAGAGGGAAGUCCAUGAAGGCAGCAUUCGAUGCUGUCGGGGUGGACCGAAACACGGUGGCGAGGACUGCUACUGUGGCAGAACUGCAUCUGGCAGCACCAGAAGUGUUCGAGUCCAUCAGCUGGAAUGAGCGAGUGGAGUCACUCUCCACCUUUAUCGCUAGGUGCCGUUCACUUGUGACACCAGAAAUUAAAGAUAAAAUAAGCAAGAUGAAAACGGAUGGGGACUUGCUCCCGAUGGCCGUCCAUAAAAAUUUCACAUCAAAGUCACAUCAAAGUUGUCUACAGCAGGCUUGCUGUUUUUUUUAUUUUAAACACCCUUACAAUACUAUGUUCUGGGCUAUGUUCAGCCAGUGCUGAUUUAAAUAAAAGGGUUUUCAUCUGUAUCCUGUUGUAUUUACUAGGGGUGUGCCAAAAUAUCGAUACUGCGACAUAUCGCGAUAUUUCGUCUUGCGGGACGUUAUCGAUAUGCUGACGCCAAAUAUCGAUAUUUAAUGGUCCCAUGACAUGAAAAUCUCACUUUAUGAGGUUUUCUAACAUAAAUAUGAGUUCCCCUAGCCUGCCUAUGGUCCCCCAAUUGCUAAAACUUGCGUUUGGUGUAAAACGAGCACUAGCUGUUCUGCUCGCCUUUGAAAAAACGGAGGCUCAAGUGCGCUGAUUUGGAAUGUCUGUAUUCUUGACGUCAUCAGGAAUCUCAGCUCCUCCCCUUACUCUGCCUGGCCCGCCCAGAGACGUUGGCCCGCCAAUGAGACUCGACCGUGCGAGCGCCACAUGUGUGUGUGUUUGUGUGAAUACUAGGGGUGAAACGGAUCAGUGUGUCCACGGUUCGGUUCAGAUAACCGUUUUGGGCCUCGGUUUCGGAUACGGUUCGGAUUAGGAUCAUGUCCGUGGUAGUAAAUAGGCGGACUUUUUUUUGACGGAGGGUUUGGGGGAGAAACACAAAAAUGAAUGAGACCCACAGGCUAUUUGCAAUGUGUUAAUUGACUGCAAUCAGACAACUUGCAAGGCUUUUUUGUGCAAUAAAUGUUCCCCUAAAUGCAUUUGAAAACAUGGUGCACUGAGUGUAACAUGUAAGGGAUAACGGCCGACGAGGCUUAGAACUCUGGCGACGAGCGCAGCAUGAAGCCAGAGUUGCCUCUACCUGUCCAUUAUUUCCAUCGAACCGGUCGACCUCGAAGGCCGUUAUCCCACUUAUCACCCGUUUGUAUUUAUCUCCCGUAUAUUUAGAAUAUAAUUGUAUCAAUUACUUUCUUUAAAUUUAGGAAUCGUGCGCUUGAAAAGCCCAGUUUGUUUUGAACGCUGACAGGCUGAAGGGAGGGGCGGGAAAAGUCUCAUUGGCUCGGGCAGCACUGGAGAGAAUGCAUUCCGCUGGGUCCUAAACACCCUUUUGUAUCGGACGUAGGCUACAGUAGGCAAAAUACGCUACAUAAGGCAAUGCCUUCAUGAAACCGAAAUCCGCGGAUCUCCAGAAUGCUCCGAACUGUGGUAAACGAACCGAACGGAUUCGGAUACAAUUCGAAUCCGCUGCAGGCCUAGUGAAUACACACACUAACGCAAGUGUUUCUUGUCGGUUCUUUGACGUGUCUUGUAUUUCCACAACGAGACUGUUGUGGGGGUUAUGUUAUCUCAGCCAUGGUUGAGAAGGAAUUGGGAGAAAGGAACUUUGUUUUUGACUGGCUGAAGUACAUGAACUGCGUCAUGCCGCCGGUUGCCGCGAGGCACCAUCGCCCGGCAGCGGGCAGCCGGCAGCAGGCAGCGCGCGGUUCAGUCGACUUCAGGUUGAUGUGAAAGUGGAAGAACCAGAGACGUCGCAGAACCCGACAAAGUCGUUUGUGAUUCAUUAUAUCGUCUGGAGGUGCACACCGCUUUUGGCCGUGAUAAUAUGUAUUAAAUGAUAUAGAUUUCUAUGUAUUAUAUGAUAUUAUUUAGAUAUAGAGCUCCAGGACUGUAUCGCAAGUGUUGUACACUUCCUUGUUAUUUGGAUAACCGUUCUGUCGGACUCUCGUCUCUGGUAUUUCUACAACGAGACUCGUAUUGGGGGUUAUCUCAGCCAAGGUUGAGAAUGAAUUGGGGGGAAGGAACUUUGGCUUUGACUCCCUCAAGAACAUGAACCACGACAUGGAGGAGAAAGGGAUUGUUGGCGGUGAAUGUCUCCAGCUUGAGACCCGCUGAGGGACCACCGCCGGAGGCGGAGGCGCUGCCCGGGAACAAUCCCUUUCUCCUCCUUGUCGUGGUUCAGUCUACUUCACAUUGAUGAGGACGUUGAAGAACCAGGAACGUCGGAGAACCCAACGCGGUCGUUUGAGAUUCAUAAUAUCGGCUCACACAUCUUUUGGCGGUUAUAAUAUAUAUUAUAUGAUAUAGAUAUCUAUGUAGGCUAUAUGAUAAUAUUUUGAUAUAGUGCUCCAGGACUCCCGUGUGUUAUAGAAUAUAUACAGAACACGGCUAAAGGCUGUGUGCGCCUCGCCAUUGCGAUACAUCCACUGUAAACAGAGCGAAUGAAACUAAGCAAUGAAAUGUUUUCUGCAUUUAUUUUGUUUUCUAAUUUUCUUACUUUGCAUAAAAUGUUUUUGUAAUAAAUUCUGAAUUUCUUCAGUGACACAGAUAUCGUGAUGUAUCGUGGGUGAAAUUUCUUGCAAUAUAUCGAUAAUCGUAGAAUCGCUGUAUCGUGAUAUUAUCGUUAUCGUGGGUAAAAUAUCGUGAUAGUAUCGUAUCGUGGGGUACCUAGUGAUACCCAGCCCUAGUAUUUACUGUCAGAACUAUUAACAAGUUCAUAAUGCCUUAUCUUCUAUUUUAUCUUAUAAUAAUCUUAUAUCUGUUUAAAACAACAUUACCCUUUUGUCACUUUACUUAAAGCUGACAAAGUACACUUAUAGAAUCGUAUAUCUGUUCAUAACAACACCACCCUUUUGUCACUUUACUUAAAGCUGACAAAGUCCACUUAUAGGAUCUUCUAAAAGUCUAUAAUAUUAUAUGUCUGUAUAGCAGCCUAGUCACCAUUAGGGCUGUCAAAAUUGCUCAAAAAUGACAUUCGAAUGUUCGUUUGGAAAAAAAUCACGUAUUCAAACUAUUCGAAUAUCGCGUUUUUGGAUACAUUUCGAACGAAUAUUCGAACUUCGAAUAUGUUUGCCGUCUCGUUGAGAGUGCUGGUGGGCGGCGGCUUCCUACUGGGCAUUUCCUUACUUUAAAACGAGGGACAUCGCGAACAGACAGAGGCUCAUUCACAAAGCAGUUAGGCGCUUGUACCGCAGGAGUGUUUUUUCACAUUUGAAUAUUAUGAGGGACAUCGCGAACAGACAGAGGCUCACUCACAAAGCAGAUAGGCGCUUGUGUAACCGAGCGUUGCCACUUAGAUAUUUAUAUGACAAGAAUGACACAAGCGUGGAAGGGAAAAUAGUCUUGUUUACUUAGUACAUAUCAGAAGUCACCCAGUCACAGCGUGAGAGCUGGAAUACCUAUAUCCAAGUACGGAAACCCCGAGGGGAUAAAAUACAUUCGCUCUUCACAAUACUAGUCUGUUACACUUGUACCGCGGGAGUGUUUUUUCACAUUCGAAUAUUAUGAGGGACAUCGCAAACAGACAGAGGCUCAUUCACAAAGCAGAUAGAGGCGCUUGUACAGCGGGAGUGUUUUUUCACAUUCGAAUAUUAAUUUUCACGUUCAAAUUCGCGUUUUUGGAUACAUUUCGAACGAAUAUUCGAACUUCGAAUAUUCAUUGACAGCCCUAGUCACCAUACUAAUAACCAUUAAUGAAUAAUCAUAAUAUAUCACAAAGGUGGUUAUGAUGUGCCGUGAAGACCUAUAUACAUAGUUAUAAUGAGUGCCACAAUGACUUAACUAGUUUUUAAAGGUAUUAUGAAUGUUCUUAUAGUGCUUCAUAUAUGCAGGCUUCAUAGGAUUCAUGAUUACCCACACAAACCUAUGAUCACAUUUAUAAUGCAUAAUUUUACCUUAGAUUAUAACCAUUUAUAAUUAACUGACAUAACGUUUCAGAGCAGUGGAUAUGAGUCAUUGUGGAGAUGCUAAACAUAGUUAUAAAGAGUGCUACAAUGACUUAUAGCUACUUUUAAACGUCAUCAUAAAUGUCCCUAUAGGACCUUAUAAAGGCAGUUUGUUUUGUGUUACCCGACAGUCACAUAUUUAUAAUGCAUUAUUCCGUCUUUAAUUAUAACCAUUCAUAAUGAACUGAUAUAAUGUAUCAUAAAGGUGAUUAUGAGUCAUCAUGAAGACAUUAUACAUAGUUAUAAAGUAGCUAUAAGUCAUUGUAGCAAUCGCUAUAAGUCAUUAUUAAGGCCCUUAUAAUGUCCUUAUAGGGCCUUAUAACGCUGGGCUUCAUAGAAAGUGUUACCGUUAAUUAUAAUGAACCAUUUUCUAAUUAUCUUAUAGUUUUAUAUGUGGUAUGCUUUCAAUAUCCCCUUGUGUAUGUAACAGUCGAGUAAUCUCCAUUAUCUUGGUGGCUCUGACACACACGAGAGGACAUUCACACAUGGUAUAUGAAUCCACCAUUUGUUUUCAUUUUAUAUUUACUUAUUUUUAUUUUAUUUUUAUUUUUAUCUCUAUAUACACAUUCGUAAGAAAAGCUCGAACGAAGAUGCAUCAUAACAUGCAUCAACAGACCUAAAAAUAAGCAUAUUAUUCAACAAUCCGAGUCCUCAGAUGGGAUUUCUCCCUGCGGAGCCCUUCAUUCUCUAAAGGGUCCGCAGAUAGGUCCGCUGAGUGGCCUGGAGUUCUUACACAUUCAGAGGUGUUGCUGAGGGCAGCUGCCUUACAACAAACCAAAAGCCUUUGUUAACCAUAUGGUCAUCUAAGUCAUCAUUCCUUAAGAUGUCAUAAAUAUGGGGUUGGCCGUUCCUUAUCACUUGCGUCUUUGCGCUUCCCUGGGGAUCAAGGAUAACAGGCCCAAACCCACACAGGAUAACAAAGGAACAGAGUGAGAACUGAUUUCCACUAACCUUAAAGGAUUACAUUUUAAACGACCCUGCAGAAUAACAGGGUGACAAGACCACAUGGGAAACCACAAACAUACAAAACUUAAAUUUGAACAUUAACAAAAUAUCUUAAUAUUAAAAAUCUGCAUUUCAAUAUUAGGCAUCAUACUUCUGUUGUUACCGGAACGUUGUCAGUCGGGGUUCAGUCGGGGACAGUCGGGGUGAUGUUAUGGCUGUGCAAUUCGGUUGAGCAUUAAACUGGUUGGAUAUAUUGUAAUAAUCGAGUAUCCACUGUCUACAUAGCCCGUUUUGUAAUGAAAAACGUAACACGUAUAUUGUCAAUCACAAUUAGGAUGAAUUAUGGAUUACAUUUUAUUCUACUUAUGUUAUUAAUGUAAAUAUUGCCAAUUAUUAACCUUAGAUUACGUGAAGACUUUUAUUUAAAUGUUAUUUUCAUAAUUUGUAAGGAAAUAUAUAUUUUAUUCUUUCUUAUUUUGGUACUCUGGACCUGGUCAGGUCUGUUGAACUAUGCAUUUCUACCGCUUGUCCUCAGAAUCCUCUAUUUGGGGGGGACUCUCCUGCUCUCCUACGAGGCAGGUUAUCCCAGAACUCUUCUAAGAAUCCCCAGGCCUGGAUAAUCCCUGGACUUCUGUGGACGAGCGGUAUGCAUGCUAUGGACAACUUUAAAGGCUAACCGUUCAUGAUGUGGAGUCUAGAUAAUUAUUCCUAUCUUAAGAUCACCGUGUAACUCUCGUUCAGGGAUCUGGUUUGAUGUAAGACCCCUGUAUUGGUGUCCUUUUGUAGGACCUCUUUCGGUUUUGGAAUCCGGCUUUCCUAAUUAUUGAAUACAAGAUAAUGCAUGCAUAUUGAUGGUACGAUAUCAUAUCUAUUGCAAUCGCUCCAAUGGAAGCAAUAGUUGACCUUUGAACAUCUCACGCAGUGUUAUUCAGUUUAUUCGUAUGUAGUAGCUGAUUAUAGCAGAAUUUAACCCAUGUAGAUUUAAUAUUCGCAAAAAAUGUAUUGUAAUUUUGGCUACAGCAGUUGAGCUAACUCCCUCCUUGGGCACCGUUUAAAACCAUGUGCACCAUUUAUUAAUCAGACAUAUUAUUCUAGCAGUUGAACCCCGUGUCUAUUUGAACCAGCCUGGUUCUCUACCUUUCUUGCUACACAAAACGCAUGUGGAAUAGACAGAAGGGCUCAGCAACCUGAAAAAAAAAAAAAUUACUGUCAGUAUUUGGCAUUCGUCCUACGGAACCCCUUAGGUGACAUGGAGGAGAGAAAAAAAAAUGAAGGAGAAAAAAAAAAAACGUGUUCUGGGGACAAACACUAA